CCUGUCUUGUUGUGUUGGAGGCAGCAAUUGCCAGUCGAGUCUGACCCCCACAAAACAGAGGGUGUGUCAGAAUGAAUUUGGCUGAGAUAUGUGAUAAUGCCAAAAAAGGCAGAGAGUAUGCGCUUCUUGGAAAUUAUGAUUCUUCAAUGGUUUAUUAUCAGGGUGUGAUCCAACAAAUUCAAAGACACUUUCAGACUAUUCGCGAUCCUGCUGUAAAGGUCAAAUGGCAACAGGUACGCCAGGAGUUAGUGGAAGAGUAUGAACAAGUGAAAACCAUUGUUAACACUUUAGAAUCCUUCAAAAUCAACAAACCAGCAGAUUUUCCUGUUGCUUUGCAAGAUGAACCUGUUAGAGACCCAGCCGUUUGGCCUCCGCCUGUUCCAGCAGAACACAGAGCUCCUCCUCAACCCAGACGUCCCAACAGAGAUUUGAAACCUUUGCGCAAAGACUCUCCGGGAAAUCAACCUCCUGCGCCUGUAGGUAGGGCGCAUCCCAUCUCAAAAUAUGAGAAACCGUCAAAUCGAGAGAAAGAUGCCAGAGGACGUGGUAAAGAUGACAAGAGUCGUAAAAAUCAGCAAGAUGUUGGUGGAGAUGGUGAAAUGAGGAAAUUUGAUGGAGCUGGUUAUGACAAAGAUCUUGUUGAAGCUUUAGAAAGGGACAUUAUUUCCAGGAAUCCAAAUGUCCACUGGGAGGACAUAGCUGAUCUGGAAGAAGCUAAAAAAUUAUUAAGAGAAGCAGUAGUCCUUCCAAUGUGGAUGCCGGACUUCUUUAAAGGCAUCCGACGACCAUGGAAGGGUGUUUUAAUGGUUGGCCCUCCAGGCACAGGAAAAACGAUGCUUGCUAAAGCUGUAGCUACAGAAUGUGGCACAACAUUUUUUAAUGUUUCUUCAUCUACUCUUACGUCGAAGUACAGAGGAGAGUCUGAAAAGCUGGUUCGUUUAUUAUUCGAAAUGGCUAAGUUUUAUGCACCCACCACCAUUUUCGUUGAUGAAAUUGACUCCAUUUGUAGCAGAAGAGGCACCUCCGAUGAGCAUGAGGCAAGUCGGCGAGUCAAGUCGGAACUGCUUGUUCAGAUGGAUGGUGUUGGAGGUGCCCUAGAAAAUGACGAUCCUACAAAAAUGGUUAUGGUUCUUGCUGCUACCAAUUUCCCAUGGGAUAUUGAUGAGGCUUUACGGAGGCGAUUAGAAAAAAGGAUCUAUAUACCUUUACCCACAGCAAGUGGAAGAGCAGAGCUGUUGAAGAUAAACCUUCGAGACGUUGAGGUGGAGCCGGGUAUUGACCUUAAUGUUAUUGCUGAGAAGAUUGAAGGAUAUUCUGGUGCAGAUAUUACCAACGUUUGCAGAGAUGCUGCGCUAAUGGCAAUGCGUCGGCGCAUCCAAGGCUUAACCCCGGAACAGAUACGUGCUCUGUCUAAGGAGGAGCUUCAGAUGCCCGUCACAAUGAUGGACUUUGAACAAGCAUUGAAAAAAAUCUCAAAAUCAGUUUCUGCUGCAGAUCUAGAGAAGUAUGAGAAAUGGAUGGCUGAAUUCGGAUCUGCAUAACAGCCCGUGUUAUUCACAGGAUAUCGUACUCCAUUUGUGUUACACCAAAAUAUUUAACAAAGAUUACUUUAAACCUUUGGACAUUAGAGCGAAGUACACAUUUAAAGGCAGUUUCUCAUACCAAUUAUUUUGUCAUCUUCUUGUUUACUUACAUAAAUCAGUGUCCUUUAAAAGAGUUUUGAUUUUUUGAUAAUUUCAUCCCUUCAGAAGUUUGUUUGUAAGGUUAAAUCUGAGCAUUUUGGAAUAUAAUAAAUGGUCUAAUGAGACUUUAUUUUAAUACAAAAGAGUAAACCAACGUCUUUAAACUUAUAAUAACAUGUAAAUAUACUGAUCAUCUGUACAGUAUUCUAAAUUAUUUACGUGUUAUUUGUUAUAUUGCAGCUAAAAUUUGAACAAAGGGAAAAAUACAUUUGAAGUUUAACGCUAGCUUGGUAAAGGAAUGUUUACUUCUAGAAUUUAGAAUUGUUACCAAUCACAAUUACAUGUUUUCUUAAAAAAUGGAAUUAUAUCUAGGUCGUUAAAGUGGCUAUAUGUAUUUCUAUAACACAUCUGUAAUAUUUAUUUUAUGUCGCUUUCUGUGUUAGUUUGUGUAAAAUGUAUCAUUUGUAUAAAGAUUUCUUGUUGCUCAAAUAUGGCACUCAAUAUUUUUAAUUUCUUUGAGUGUUUGUAUUACAUAGACAUUUAUGAUGAUUUGUGUGUCUGCCAUUUUGCUCUGCAUACUGUGGGGUAUGAUAUAUUAAAUUCCUCCACUCUUGUAUGCUGGAAUUAUUCACCAUGGGGGUUUUUUUUGUUUGUUUUUUGUUAAGUUUAAUUGGGUCAAAAUGUUUUAGAUUACAUCCACUUCAACCCUAUCCUAAUUCUGUUUUUUGGUCAUUUAAAUUUCAUACCAAUGUUAGAAGUAAGAAGAAGAAGUAAAAUUCAUACCAAUGUUAACUUUUACAUUUAAUUUUAACCACAUCCCUGAAUUAAUGAGUCACAUUUUAUGAAAUAGCCAGUGGUUUUCACAAGCAGGUCUAGUAAAAUGACCUUACUAAUGGAACUGAGAAUUAAUUAUGUAACACACCUGUCCUGGUUCUAGUCAUGAGAUAUUGAACAAGUUUACUUUGUGUAACAUUGUGUUUUUAACAUUAUGUAUUAAUCUCAUGACAAUUGCACUGUCCUAUUUUAUUUGGUACGAUCAAAUAAAUAUUUAUUUUAACAAUUAA